AUGUCAAACGUGAACAACGAGAAUGAAAAUGACAAGGAUGUCAUCGACGCAUGGGCCUCCAGAGCACGGAGCAAGAAUCAAGACACGGUUCACCAUAAGGAGUGGCUUCAUAAGAAGGGACCAAGUACAAAUCAGAAAGAUUCACGCCACAACAACCAACGCCAAUAUUUGGGCGACGUCUCUCUGCAAUUUGGAAUACCUCGUACUUCCGCUCAAGCUGUUGGGCGUAAAAAGCCCUUGGGGGGAGGCGAGGUUGGACCUUUGCGCCAGCAUGCUGACUUAAACACACAUACCUCACUGAAAGAAAUCAAGCUUGUUUCAAAUCCGAAAGAUGGAGAGGUUUUGUCCCUGACGGCUGGUCUGGCACCAGCGCGUACGCUGAUGCCGUCAACGCUGACAAGGCCACUGGCAGCAACAGUAAGUCAUGGACUUCCGAGAAAAAGACAAGCAACAGAAUCUAGCACGAACCUAGUUGAGAAACUACACAUUACCAGCGAUGAAAACCUGGUCAAGUACAAAAAAUCCAAGCGCAUAGAUUACGAGUGGCAAGAUUUAGAUGAAGAGGACUUCGACGAUCCUUUGAUGGUGAGUGAGUAUGUCAACGAAAUUUUCCCAUAUUUACAUGAACUUGAACGAAAAACUUUGCCCGAUCCGAACUACCUUUUUGAACAAACUCAACUCAAACCAAAGAUGCGAUCCAUUCUUGUUGAUUGGCUUGUGGAGAUGCAUCAAAAAUUUAGGCUCUUGCCAGAAACACUCUUCUUAGCUAUCAACAUUAUGGAUAGAUUUAUGUCAGUGGAAGUUGUGCAAAUCGACAAACUCCAACUUUUGGCAACAGGUUCUUUGUUCAUUGCCGCCAAGUAUGAAGAGGUAUUCUCGCCAUCAGUGAAGAAUUACGCUUAUUUUACUGAUGAGUCUUAUACAGAAGAUCAGAUACUUCAAGCAGAGAAAUACAUCCUCACAAUCCUAAACUUCGAUCUCAAUUAUCCGAAUCCAAUGAACUUUUUGCGACGUAUCUCGAAGGCAGACGACUAUGACGUGCAACUGAGAACUUUAGGAAAAUACCUUCUUGAGAUCUCUAUCAUUGAUCAUCGAUUUAUUGGUAUGCUUCCGUCUUUGUGUUCUGCUGCAGCCAUGUACAUUGCACGACUCAUUUUGGGAAAAGACCCUGUUUGGAACGGGAAUCUUAUACAUUAUUCAGGCGGAUACCGUGUAGACGACAUGAGAGAGUGCGUUGAACUCAUAGUUCAGUACCUCAUAUCACCGGUUGAGCACGAUGAAUUCUUCAAGAAGUACGCCACACGAAAGUUUAUGAAAGCGAGUAUCAACGGAGAGUACUCUAUAUCAUGGAUGCGGGAAGUCAUAUCACUGAAUGGUGGAAGGAGCAUUAUUCUGACUCCAGAUCUGUCAUCCGAAGUCAUUCAGAAUGACAACAUUUCUCAUAUUAUAACCUCGACAUUCGAAUUCUCUGCUUACCGACAAGCACAGGAUCUCAUGGUACCAGUUACUUCUCCCCAGUGGCUUGAAGAUUCGGAACUGGCUUCUCAAAGGAAAAACUACAGACUAUAUUCGCCACAACCGGUCCCUUUCAUGGACAAGGUUGUUGUUUGUAUCGCCGAUAAUCUACCAGAGGGAGAUAAAGAGAUGAUGUAUGCUGGAGUACGUGCAUUUGGCGGACAGUACCUUGAUUCACUUUCUCGUUAUACCACGCAUCUCAUAGCCAUGGACCUCACGAACAACAAAAGCGUACUUGCUGCAAAUAUAAGACAGCGGGAAAAUCUCCAAAUUCAAAUCGUUCUUCCGCAUUGGCUUGAUGAUUGUUUUAGGAUGCAGAAACGUCUCGAAGAGAAGCCUUACCGCCUUUCAGACCCUGUGGCCCUACGAACCAGUAAGCCCAAUUUUGAGAUUUCUAACACUGUUGCUGACUCCAUAUUCGAUGACGAAAACUCCUAUGCAAUAUCAUCAGAUAUCGAUAGUGAUUUCUUGCACGGAAAACGGGUCUACAUAGCACCCGACCAUUGUUUUAGCGAACAUUUCAAAGACUCAAUCUUCGAAUUAGUCGAACUUUAUGGUGGAAGAGUCGUCAGAGACUAUGAUUUCGGAGCUCUUGAUGUAUACAUCGGAAAGUAUCGCAAAGGAAGCGAGUAUACAGAGUGUCUCCAUUCAUCAACAAUUGAGGUCGGCAGUUUGAGAUGGCUUUACCAAAUGGCUAUUAGAAAAGAAUAUGUGCUGCCUCUCAAAUCAAACGUGUUGAACUUUCCACUUCCCUGUGGGGCGAUUCCCGAAUUAUCUGGUGCCCGUAUAAGCAUCACUGGAUACAGUGGAGAUGCGAGACAUUAUUUGUCUCUAUUGAUUUCUGCUAUGGGAGCCCUGUUCACCAAAACGCUUGAUUGCAAUAAUGACUAUUUAGUUGCAGAAAAAGAUCGCGGAGAGAAAUACAUGGCCUGGAAGUUCAUCAAGCCGACGAUAUCUCGAUACCACAUGAUUACGCAGGAAACUGCUAAACUUGGAAGUACGGUGAUUGACCCAUCACUGCUAGGACCCAUCGGAAAGGACUUCUCACUGAAUGUGGAUGAUAGCGCAGCAGAAGAUCUUGAUGCUGAUAUUUCUGUAACUCGGCAAGAAGAAGAACAACAGCAAGGAGUAAAUGAAGAGGAAAUAUUAGUUGAAGAUUUAAAUAAUGAUCCGUUGAAUGAUUCUCCUGACGCCUCGCAGUUUAUCGGAGUAAAAGGGAAGCCUUCAAGCCAGGGUAUCUCUAGUGAUCUGGUGUUGCAAAUUGAAGAUAUCAAUAGUCCUGCUCCUACCCGCUUCAAUAGAUCUGCUAAGCAACGAGCAACUACGAAGCUUCAUAGCGAUAUGGAGGACCUUAAUACGUAUACUUCAAUCUUGAAGUCAACGCGUAAGAUGAAUAGCUACAUGAAGCAAUUGGAAACCAGCAUUUCAACUCCCCAAAAGAGAGAAGCCGGUGGCGUCGCCCCCUCUGUUACUGAAGGAGAGAAAUCACAUAUGCCAAACCCUUCAACGAAGAAAAGAAAGCCAAAUGAAAGCGUUCAGCAAGUCGUAUUAUUGACUGGAUGUGAGGCAGAGAUUUCAUUAAGCCGUGCUGACGUGAUAAAAUUAGCGAAAAUUGGUAUCAAGGUGGUCAAUGACUACAAUUCCAAACUAAAGGUUGAUUCAAUAAUUGCUCCAAGGGUUUUAAGGACAGAGAAGUUCCUUAAAUGUUUAUCCCAAUGCUCAGAGGUUCUUCAUCCUCGAUAUUUAUCGGAUAUCCUAAGUGAAAUACAGCUGAACCCAGAUAUUGAGAGGUCCGACAUCUUUGCUUCAUUCCAGAGUGAGCAUUAUUCCUUGGAUUCGAUUUUACUGGUGAAGCGCAUCAAUGAGGACUUGGGUGUGACCCUGAACAAAAGUGGUUUGAAAACUCUACUCCAGGCUUCUAACAAAGGUGCUGUCUUCAAAAACAUAAAGGUCAACCUAUCUCAGAACUUGAAUGGUGGUCCCGAUUUGAUCGCUAGUAUAUUAAAGGAACAUGGGCUCGAAGAGCUGAGGGUGGUGAAGUUAUCAGCUAAUUUCAACGAAAAAUCGCUUCUUGAAAACUCAGAUGGCAGAAUUAUACUCGUUGCACAUAAAGACAAGGACAGAAAAGCUUUUGGUAAGUUAUCAUCUGAAGGAAUUUUCGUCGUGGAGUGGGACUGGUGCGUCAAGUCUAUAUUUAAACUGAAUUUAGACAGUUUCAGCCCUUACGUGAUCAAUUAA